AUGGAGGCUGGCCGAGUGAUAUACACGCCGGGUCGAAUUCCGAACUAUCGAUACUACAGCGAAACGACGGUGACGAUUGCCCGUGUCGGUCUGCGUAUCGUCCAACUGAUUCUAUUCGUCGCGUUUGCUCUAUUCUGUCUGCCGACGGUGCUCAUCGUUUUGUAUCCCGACGAAAUCUAUCACAUCGUGCCGAAAUUGCAAUGGCAGUCGAGGACUGAAGCGGCGGUGAAUGUCAGCGGCCAUUUGUGGCUCGACACCAAUAUCAAAUCGGCCGAGUCGGCCGUCCGAUUACGCUAUUUUCGCAAAGACAACGACUUCAAAGAUUCCUUGAUAAUUUUCAUCGGCGAAGAAUUGCUCCCAUCCAAGCCGGAAUACAACGUUCAAAACUACGACAUCGUGCACUGUCUGCCAUUCGGCCUUCAUCGCAACAAGGUGAUACCGCCAAUGGUGGCAAUUGGGAUGGCGAAAGCUUGCUUGGGCUACAUCUUCACAAUGACGUUUGAAAUGGAGGUCGUCCUCCAUGGCUCUGAGAUUGGCGCCAAGUAG